UGGGGCCUGCACGCUCGGCCCGCGCCCUCCGUCCCCACGCCGGCCUCCGCGCCCUCGCGCGCCGCAGCAUCUCCGCGCCGCCCGGCCUCCCCGCCGCAAACCUCCCGGCGCUGUCUGCCUCUGUCGUCGCUGCCACCAACGCCGCCGCCAUUCUUGGCGCGGAGCUAGCCCGGCCGGCCCCCGCCGAGAGCGGCCGCGGCUCGGACGCGCGCUCCAGACUCUGUUGACACCAUUGGAACCCAGCCCAGUGCUGGAUGCUGACAUGUAUGAAUACUGGUCCCUAGGGAUGUCUUCCUGAAGGUUCCUCUCAGGAGGUGGCAGGAAGGACUCCAGAGGCCCACGGCACAGGUUGGAAGGGAGCAUCGGUAGCCUUUGGCAUGAGGCAGUGAAAGUGGCCACUGCUGACUGGAUAUGCGGGAACUCUGGAACCCCACUCAUGGGCUCUGCUCUGUGCUGCUGGCCCCAGCCCUGGGGCUCUGAGAGGUCCUUGCUGCCACAAAACAGCAGGCUGCUGCCAUCCAUGUGUGUCCACUGCUGAAGGCCCCAGCGGCCCCUGUCCAGGAGGAUGUGCGCCCCCGUGAGGAGCCUGUUCUUGGCCCUGAUGGUAGUGUUGAGGACAGUGGUGGCAUUUGCACCCGUGCCUCGGAUCACCUGGGAGCACGGAGAGGUAGGUCUGCUGCAGUUUCACGAGCCAGGCAUCUUCAACUACUCGGCCCUGCUGAUGAGUGAGGACAAAGACACCCUGUAUGUGGGUGCCCGGGAAGCUGUCUUUGCACUGAAUGCCCUGGACGUCUCGGAGAAGCAGCAGGAGGUGUACUGGAAGGUCUCUGAGGACAAAAAAGCAAAGUGCGCAGAGAAGGGGAAAUCAAAGCAGACCGAGUGCCUCAACUAUAUCCGAGUGCUGCAGCCGCUCGGCUCCACCUCCCUCUAUGUGUGCGGGACCAACGCGUUCCAGCCCACUUGUGACCACCUGAACUUGACGUCCUUCAAGUUUCUGGGGAAAAAUGAAGACGGCAAAGGAAGAUGCCCCUUCGACCCCGCCCACAGCUACACAUCAGUCAUGGUUGGGGGAGAGCUGUACUCUGGGACAUCGUAUAAUUUCUUGGGCAGUGAACCCAUCAUCUCUCGAAACUCUUCCCACAGUCCCCUGAGGACAGAGUAUGCCAUCCCGUGGCUGAAUGAGCCUAGCUUCGUCUACGCCGACGUGAUCCAGAAAAGCCCAGAAGGUGCGGAGGGUGAGGACGACAAGGUGUACUUCUUCUUCACGGAGGUGUCCGUGGAGUACGAGUUCGUCUUCAAGUUAAUGAUCCCACGAGUUGCCAGGGUGUGCAAGGGGGACCAGGGCGGCCUGAGGACUUUGCAAAAGAAGUGGACCUCCUUCCUGAAGGCCAGGCUGAUCUGCUCCAGGCCAGAUAGCGGCCUGGUCUUCAACGUGCUUCAGGAUGUCUUCGUGCUGAGGGCCCCGGGCCUCAGGGAGCCUGUGUUCUAUGCAGUCUUCACCCCACAGCUGAACAAUGUGGGUCUGUCAGCAGUUUGUGCCUACACACUGGCCGCGGUGGAGGCAGUCUUCUCCCGGGGCAAAUACAUGCAGAGCGCCACAGUGGAACAGUCUCACACCAAGUGGGUGCGCUACAAUGGCUUGGUGCCCACACCCCGGCCUGGAGCGUGCAUCGACAGUGAGGCUCGGGCAGCCAACUACACCAGCUCCUUGAAUCUCCCAGACAAAACGCUGCAGUUUGUAAAAGACCACCCUCUGAUGGAUGACUCUGUGACCCCGAUAGACAACAGGCCCAAGCUGAUCAAAAAAGACGUAAACUACACCCAGAUAGUGGUGGACAGGGUCCAGGCUCUGGAUGGGACCUUUUACGACGUCAUGUUCAUCAGCACAGACCGGGGGGCCCUGCAUAAAGCUGUCAUCCUUGGGAAGGAAGUGCAUGUUGUGGAGGAGACCCAGCUCUUCCAGGACUCUGAGCCGGUCCAGACCCUGCUGCUGUCAUCCAAGAAGGGGAGGAGGUUUGUGUAUGCUGGCUCCAACUCGGGAGUGGUCCAGGCUCCCCUGGCCUUCUGCGGAAAGCACGCCAGCUGUGAGGAUUGUGUGCUGGCCCGGGACCCCUACUGCGCCUGGAACCCCGCCACCAAGGCCUGUGGUGCCCUGCACCAGGCAGAGGGCACUGGCAGGGGUUGGAUUCAGGAGAUGAGCGGCGACACAUCCUUGUGCCUGGAUAAGAGUAAAGAAAGUUCCCACCAGCAUUUUUUCAAGCACGGUGGCACAGCAGAACUCAAAUGCUUCCAAAAGUCUAACCUGGCCCGGGUGGUGUGGAAGUUCCAGAACGGAGAGCUGAAGGCUGUGAGUCCCAAGUAUGGCUUUGUGGGCAGGAAGCACCUGCUCAUCUUCAACCUUUCGGAUGGAGACAGUGGCGUGUACCAGUGCCUGUCAGAGGAGAGGGUGAAGAAUAAGACCAUCUCCCAACUGCUUGCCAAGCACGUCCUGGAAGUGAAGGUGAUACCUCGGACCCCAACCUCGCCUGCCUCACAGGCUGCUCAGACAGAAGGUAGUAGGAUCACUUCCAAAGUGCCGGUGGCAUCUACCCAGGGGUCCUCUCCCCCUACCCCGGCCCUGUGGGCCACCUCCCCCAGAGCUGCUACCCUACCUCCCAAGUCCUCCCCCACCGGCACGCCCUGUGAACCAAAGAUGGUCAUCAACACGGUCCCGCAGCUCCAUUCAGAAAAGACGAUGUAUCUCAAGUCGAGCGACAACCGCCUGCUCAUGUCCCUCCUCCUCUUCAUCUUUGUCCUCUUCCUCUGCCUCUUCUCCUACAACUGCUACAAGGGCUAUCUGCCUGGACAGUGCUUAAAAUUCCGCUCAGCCUUGUUGCUUGGAAAGAAGAAACCCAAGUCAGACUUCUCUGACCUGGAGCAGAGUGUGAAGGAGACGCUGGUGGAGCCUGGGAGCUUCUCCCAGCAGAAUGGUGACCAGCCCAAGCCAGCCCUGGACACCGGCUACGAAACGGAGCAGGACACCAUCACCAGCAAAGUGCCCACAGACCGCGAGGACUCGCAGCGGAUCGAUGAGCUCUCUGCCAGGGACAAACCGUUCGAUGUCAAGUGUGAACUGAAGUUUGCAGAUUCGGAUGCUGAUGGGGACUGAGGCCAGCGUGUCCCGGCCCGUGCCCCGAGUCCUCCGUGGAGAGUGUUGUGUUGCGCCCAUUCAGUAGCUGAGUCUUGUCAAAUCGUGUACCGACCUCAGUCCUUUGUCUCUCCUCUCUUGGGUUGAACCUGUGACUCGCCCCUUUUGUCCUUUUGGGAAACAAGUAUCUAUUCCAGUCUCAAGUCCUGCAGUCGCUGGAGCGCUUAUUUAAGAUGCACCUGAGCCCUUUGUAUCCUGGGGAAGAGAUGGCCGCCUCUGCGGGCCGAGAAGAGCCACCCUCCUCUCCCCUUCUUGUAGCAGCCACUAAAAGAUAAUUUAAUUCCAGAUUGGAAGUGACGUUUUAGUUUAUCAGAUUGGUAACUUAUCACUUGCUGUCCAGAUCGGCACGGACUUUUUCUUUCCCUUAAUUAUUUUUUUAGGAGUUUUGCUCUGAUUAUGUUGAUGUUUUAGGUCAUUUUUUUUUAAUUACUGAAGGAGAUGUUUUAAUAUUCAUGAGAAGAUGAACAUUUUCUAGAUUUUUGUUACAUAUUGAGAUACAAUAUGGAUAUGUUGCUUAAGAUUCUCAGGGAUAGACUUAUUUUUGCUAAAUUCAUUCUUUCCUGCUGUUAGGUAUGUAAGCCUAAAACUGUCUCUUGAACUCACCUUUUUUAUUUUGGUGGGAUUUUUUUUUGUUAUUAUUUGUUUGUUUUUUUAAUCUUACUCAUUUUGAAGGAAGUACCGUUUUUCCAAGAUUUUCUUUCUGUACUUUUUUCCUACCGUACAUCUACAAGGUGGGUUUUGAGCGAGGGCAGGUAGCCUAGUGGCUGGUGGCAAUUGAGCUGCUCCUGUGAGGGGAGGGGGGCUUGUACCCCAACAGUCCUGCUCCUUCCUGGCACCUCCUGCCCCGACGGGUGGCAUCUUCACGAGAACAACUUUGGUUCUUGGUUACAUGCUGUCUCUCCUCGCUUCCGUCUCACAUCACUGCCUUUGGACUUCCACCUUGACUGUCCACACAAGACAGAAAAGGGUUGGGCAGCGGGCUCCCAGCCUCGGACAGUGACUACAGCGUCCCGAGUGGCCAGCCGCUGCUGCAGCCUGUCUUCCGCCAGUGUCUUUUAGGAUGUUAACGGGUGGUACGACUCUAACAUUUGUUCUUCACGUAUUGUGUGUGGGACACUCAUCCCAUGUACAGUGAUGAGCUCUGGAUCCCUUGAGCCGUGUAGACAUUCAUCUUCAGCAUGACAUGAUCUCACCUUUCCGUGUAAACAUUUGUGUUUAUAAGAUUUACGUUGUUUUUAUUUUUCUACUUUGAACUGUACACAUUUGAAAAGUACCCAAAUAAACCAGAAGCUUUAUCGUUGA